AUGCGAAGACAGCCGGACGUCUUCAAGAUCCGAGUGGAUCAAGGGGCAUUGGGGCAUCCGCAAAUCGCUCUGUGGCCAUUAUGGGCAGCAGGUUUGGUCGAGAAAAAGGGGCAGGAAAGUGCUUUUGUGAUGUCAGCAGACAUCUGUGGGCUUUUCAAUAAGGGAACAGACUUGGGAGUAUCCAAGCGCAGGAAGGUGAAGUACGCACUGAUCGCGACCAUCCCUGUGCCAAAGUGGCCGGCUCCGGGGGAGCAGCAGGAAGUUGAGUUCUUGAAAAAGGAGGCUCGAAGUGCAUCAGAAGAGAUCCCUGUGGAAAACCUGACGUUCAUGGAGCCCAUGGCUUCCCAUGAGCAGGAAGAAGUCGUCAUGGCCCUUUCCAAGAUUCAUGCUCGAGCUCGGAGUUUGGGGAUUCCAGUGUGUCGGUGGCACACCGAUCGAGAAAAGUCAUUUGCCACCAAGGCCAUUUCCAAGUGGUGCUUGGACAGAAAGGUCUUUCAGACUCUGACUGCGGGAGCCUUGUCAUCGCCCUACAAGACCAUGGGCCCUUCCCCCUCCAUGACCAACGGACGGGUUGCCUUUGACGAAGCCGGCAACCGUGUGCAGCCGCGACCGGUUUUUAUCCCAGACCCGCUGGGAGAAACUGCUCGACUGGAGCUUGAAGCCGUGGAAAACCCAACUGUCCCGCCUAGGAAAGUUGGAAAAGUUCUACAACCGCCUGCCCGGGUGGUCCAGGUGCCUGCUCAGGGGGAGUUAGAGGCGCCAGCGGCCGUGUCAGUUCGAGAUAUGGCGGAUGCAUUUAUCCCAGAGAUGGCUGCACUGGACGAACCAGAGGACGAGUAUGAGCCGUCAAGUGCCAGCGACUCAGCUGCUGAUGUGCCUGUGGUGGAUAAAGAACCAACUCUCACUGCGUUGCGGGCUGAAGGGUUUGUGGAUGAACUUAAGUACCAGCACUGGAACUUGAAGAAAUCUUUGCUGCUGGAACAGUUGAACGCUGUAGCUGGUGACAAGGCCCUUCUGGAGGUGAUUCGUCUGAUGGGAGGGUGUGGGGACGGAGCCAAUGGUCAAAGUUUUGAGGAUGCCGAACCCCGCUACAACACCGUGUGGAGUUUGCGGCGCCCCUUCCGGAAGGAGGUAAGGCUCGAUGGCGGUUGGACCUGGUCGAAGGCUGGAUGA